AUGUCUAGUACAGUCACUGUGUUCGUGAUAUCUCCCGACACGCGCUCGGAGCGGCGCCUUGAUCUACACAUCACCGUGCAGCAACUGAAGAACAAGCUCGAGUUGAUCACGGGCAUCCCAGUGCAGAACCAGGCGAUCUCCGUGUUCAACACCGAGGGCGAUACUGCGCCAGCUGCGGUACUCAAUGACGAUAGCAGGCCACUCGGGUUCUAUGGCGUGAAGGAUCUGCAGAUCUUCCAAGUGUCGGAUCUCAAUCCGGCCGUGUCCUUCACUGGCCAAUUGAGCGAUGUUUCGCAAGUGGAGAAGUUCGAGCUGAGCGAGGGCGAGUACGCGCAGCGACAAGAUACCGUCCUCGCCUAUAAGCAACUUCACAAGAUCGGCAGGUUCGCCGAGAAGCCAGACGAGGAGGAGGAAACCGCCGUACCGGAAGACAUCAAGGUCGGCGCACGGUGUGAAGUAGAGACGCAAGAGGAAGGGCUUCACAAGCGUGGCACCGUCCGCUUCGUGGGCCCGACCAAGUUCGCGAAGGGCGUAUGGGUUGGGAUCGAGUAUGAUGAACCGAUGGGCAAGAACGAUGGGUCUGUGAAGGGCGAACACUACUUCGACUGCAAGCCUAAUUUUGGUGUCUUCGUGAAGCACGACAGGGUCAAGAUCGGGGACUUUCCAGUCGAAGAGAUUAAUCUCGAUGAUGAAGAGAUGUAA